AUCCGUCCUUCCCACAUUCAGAUUCAGCUUAAACCCAAACCCAAACCCAAACCCUAACGGGGGAAAACAGAGGACAACCCAGGAACAUGGCGAGCAAGGAGAUGGAAGUGGUGAGGAAUUUGGACAUCAAUAGGUACAUGGGGAGGUGGUACGAGAUUGCUUCGUUUCCGUCGACUUUUCAGCCCAAGAAUGGAGUGAACACCAGGGCUACCUAUACUCUGAAAGAGGAUGGAACGGUCAACGUGCUGAAUGAGACAUGGACGGACGGUAAGAGAGGGUACAUAGAAGGGACGGCGUACAAGGCGGAUCCCAAGAGUGAUGAGGCCAAACUCAAGGUUAAAUUCUAUGUGCCGCCGUUCUUGCCCAUCAUUCCUGUGGUGGGAGAUUACUGGGUGUUGUUUAUUGAUGAUGAUUAUCAGUAUGCCUUGAUUGGGCAGCCUAGCAGGAAGUAUCUUUGGAUAUUAUGCAGGCAAACACAUAUGGAUGAGAAGAUCUACAAUCAGCUGUUGCAGAAGGCAAAAGAUGAAGGUUAUGAUGUAAGCAAACUGCACAAGACACCACAAAGUGACCCUCCACCGGAGGGAGAGGAGACUCCUAGAGACACCAAAGGCAUUUGGUGGUUCAAAUCCAUCCUUGGAAAGUAGGGUAUCAAGGAAAAUGAAUGUUGCAAUAAAUGGUAGGGCUAAAAAUCUACGAGUUAGGAGAAUCAGAUUAAGAGAGCAGUGGUAAAGUAUGGGUGUUUUCCUAGAUAAUCUUUAUGAAUGUCGAGUUUUUAUUUUUAUCAAAUUUCGUUCUAAAUUGCAAAAUAUUAGUUAUUAGAUUAGUCCAAUAUCAAGGAUCUCUCUUAAUCAAAUGGCUGUUUUUAUUAAUGUAAUAAUUGAAUGAUCUGAAU